AUGGUAAGGAGGACACGGCUGCGUCAGGACAGCAUCAUUAUAGGUAGAUGGAGACCUGUCUGCUACUGCUAAAGGAAAUGCUAGUGGCUGUCUUUCUUUCACUCCUCUCAUGUUGCUUGAUUUGCUUUAUAUGUGCCUUAAAAUGAAGGUUUUGCAUCUCUUUUGUUUUCAGCCAUUCCACAACGGAGUCUACUACCCCUACACCAGUGACACCCAAGGGACCCAUUCAUCAGCAGGGAUCCCAUCCCUCCUCAAUUCACCGCUCAGCCAGCACUCUGCAAACGGCCAAUCUGCACCAGGCAUGACUCCGUCCAGUGCAGCCUCCACCAUCCUCCCUUUCAAAUUCCGACCUCGCAGGGAAAGCGUGGACUGGCGGCGCAUCAACGCCGUGGAUGUCGACCUUGUGGUGAGCCAGCUGGAUGUCGACGCUCUGCAGGACCACAUCAGCACUGUCACCUUCUGCACCUUAGAAGGCGAGCGAUGCCAGCGUUGCCAGAGCCCUGUGGACCCGGCUCUCGUCAAGCUCCUGCGCCUGGCUCAGCUCACGGUGGAGUGGCUCCUCCACUGCCAGGAGUUUCUCACUCUAAGCCUGCAUGCGGCAGAGGAGAGGCUGGCAGCGGCUGGUGGGGAGCGCGAGCAGCUGCUGGCUCAGCAGAAGAAGCAGGAGGAGAAGGUGAAGGCGCUGACUGCAGAGCUGAAGCAGAGGAAGAAGGUUAUCCGCACGCAGCAGUCCCUGCUCGCGCCAAGGAUCAUCAGCAGCCACAAGGUACUGCUGGGAUGCUAAAUGGUCACUCCGAGGGGGGUUAGAAUUUGCAUUUCGCACAUUUCACCUCCUCCUCCUCCUCCUUCUUUGGCCCCCUUUUCUCUCAUUGUUCACAAAAUCUAUUCACAGCUUCGGCUUUGUGCAUUUCACACAGAGAAAAAAAAACAGACCUUCAUUUAUAGUUCCAAAAUGGUUGUUGUACACUUGAAAAAACCUGCCUGCCUUUUCGUAGUAUGGUUAUAAUAAGCUUUAUUCUCAGAGUGGAAGAAAAGGAUUUAGUGCAAUGUGACAGAUGGUGCAAUUUGGCGGCUAUUAGGUUUUUUUGUAAUCUACUUACAAAAGGGUGACAAAUGCUGAGAUCAAGAUGACUCCAACCUCCCCCACCUUCAUGAACACACAUCCUUAAAGGGCACUUUUAUCUUUAAAAGUAUUAAUUUAUGUGUUUUUUCUUCAUAUUCGAUACUGUUUUUGUUUCUCUUUUGGACCUGUUUGCUUCUUUUCUUGUCGGAACAAAUAGCCCACCAUGAGGUUAUUUACGGCACAAAUCAAAAAUCUCCCCCUGCUUUUCAAGGCUGCAGUUGACCUGGCCAGGCGGUUUCCAAGGCAACAGCUGUAGUGUGUCAUGACAGCAUGUGGUUGCUAGGUGUGCGCUUGAAGCUCGGCUAACAGAGGCGGCUCAAUAAUUGAUAGAAGAACCAUGUGCACGGCUCCUCCGGGGACCUUUGAAAUUUGUUUCUUCUCGUAGAUCGACUCCAAAUCGCCUCUUAAAUACACGGCUCUAAUGUAAUUUAACUCUAUAUUUUUUAGAGUUAAUUGUUGUAAUUGUGUUAUCACACUUCACCCUGUCACAGCUGCCUUUGUAUCUGCCACCAUAUGGUGUGAGGAGAUAUCAGUAACAUUAGGUUUAACAUUGAAUGAAGUCAAGGCCACAGCAAGCAACAGGGUUUAUUUAAUGUUGCGUGUGAUGUGUGUGUGUGUGUGUAGGGUAGAAGCAGCAUCUAUUCUAUCUGCUCAGUGUCAGAGAACUGGAGUGUGUCGACGCCUGCCGCAGGGAACAAAUCAGCAUCAUUCAUGCUAUCUGUCUGUUUUGUAACACUGAAGUCGGAGGAUGAUUGUGUUCAGAGAGUAAUCAGAAACUAAGAAACAACUUUCCCUGUUUCAUAGUAGACAUUCAGCUGUUCGUAAACAUGAUACACCAAUACACUGUAACAGGUUACACUUGUCAUUUUGUGUAAUGACUGUCAAAAGCUGAAACAAUUGGUAGGUAAGUAGGUAGGUACGUAGGUAAGUUGAAUUUAUUGUCCCCGUGAGGAAGAUCAUUUGCAGUAAGUUAAAAACAAUGCACAAAGACAGCACACAUACACAGUUCCAUACACUGUCCCAUAUAAAACAAAACAAAACAACUCAAAAAAGACAAUAUAAAAAAACAACUGUAUUGUACUUUGUCAAUUCAAAAAAAUAUUUCAAUAAAUAGUCUUUAAAUAAUGUAUCUGUGCUCAGACCAGCUGCACCAGUAUCUAAAAAUAGAGAGUAAAGCUGCCCACAAUCUAUUUUAGUUUAUUUAGUUGUAAAAUCACCUGUGGUACAAACGACCGCCUGGACCUGUUCUUGGUGAGGCAUUCCGUGAUUCAGACAGUCCACCAAACAGGACAAAACAAGCAGCAAAAACAAUCCAAGUUGUGGAGGCCAUGGUCCAAAAAAAAGUUUGUGUCAGGUCUAAAAGUUUUACGCAGGACAGCACAUUUGAACAGAACAAAACACGACACCACUCACAUGACACCACUCACUGCAUGUCGCCACAGAGCAGCGCCAUGACUACAUCAAUUUAAAUUAAUGUAAAAAAAAUAGUUUUUAAAUUCUUGUGAUUUAAAAAUUACUUGCACAAUUGAGAAAUAAUGGGAAAAUGAAAAAUAAAGAUAAUUUUGCUUUUUACUUAAUGUUUUUUUUUUAGUGUUUUCAGUGUUCAAAAUACCACACAUAGUAAAAAAAAAAAGUUUGGACAAAAAACAUUCAAAAGCAGAAACAAGUAGGAAGUUCAUGCAAAAAGGUUGCUGGUACUCAAAAAAUAUCAUUCUCUUCUUCUUGAAAACGUCACACGAUAAUAUGUUAAUACUUUCAUUGUGUUUGUUCUUUGUAGUGUCCAGAAUGUGACAAGUCCUUCCUCAACUCCUCCUUCCUCCAGAAUCACAUGCAGCGCCGCCACCCCGACGAGUAUGAGAACCGUAAGUAUACCAGUCAGAAAGUUCACAGAGCAGUAAAAAGGAGGGACAGACAGAGAGAGAAAGAGGAAAUGUGUUUAAUAGUUGAAGGUUAG